AUGACAAAUCUGAAGGAGGGGAAUCCUUCAGCAUAUUAUAUAAUUGCGCGUAAAGUAGUUGGUCUAGCUACUGUUUGCUUAAUUAUACAAUUGUCUUUUGAGGGUCUAUUCUUGGGCACACUCUUCCGGGUCGAUUGCACUAAUUCUGAUUUUACGGAAUGUAAAACCAAAAUCGAUUUGGAACUGCAAUCUAAUGGACUCUCAAAUACGGCACCUUCAUGUGCUGCAAUGGCACUUGGGGUCGUAGCCCUGUCAGGAAUAAUGAUGCUACUUGAGAAUAGAUACCAACUUAUGCCAAAUGACCAACAACCUUUAAUUAGGUUUUCUCAAGGAUGGAAUUUUGCGGGAAUGAUUGUAAUAAUGCAAAAUUUGCAAACUUAUAAACUUACUAUCAAUUAUGCUUUGGAGGGAACCUUCUGUGACGUUACUUGGUAUAAUGGAACUGGAAAAAAUCAGAUUGGUGAGGAUUAUCCUGGAUGA